ACAGUUUCGGUUAUAAGGCCCACAGUAAUGCACGCGUUACCGGUAUAUUGAAGUUUUUUAGUGAGAAACAAAAAAUAACAAUUAAAAACGAAAAAAAUUUAAAUAAAUUAAUAAGCGUAAGAAAAAAAUAAACAAAUGAAACAAAGAAAGAAAAGCUAAUACAAUACCCAACGGAGUGCAAUUAUAAUUAUAACGGUAAUUAAUGAUAUAAAAGAAAUAAAAAUAAUGUUUAAAAUAAAUAAUAAUAAAAGUUAGAAAUGAAUGAAUACAUUUUAAAUCACGCUUGUACUGUAAUAAAGAAAUUUAUUUUUAUUAAUAUUUUGUUGUAUUGAUUUUCUUUGGGGAAUAAACACCCAAAUCCAAAAUAUCUCGUCGAUACUAUUUGUUUUUUUUUUUUGUUUAUUUUCCCCCCUUUUUCUGCUAUUCUUCGUUAGUGUUGUUAAACAACUACAACAACAGCAAUAAAUACAUGAAUUUUCUUUUUUAUUUUGAAUGUCACUGAGUGAGUGAGUGCGUGUAAAAGACAUAAAAUAACGUGCGUUUAUUAUUGUAACAUUAUUUUGUAAUCGUGUUCAGUCAUGUUCUGUUAUGUUUAGUUAUGCUUUGUUUUGUUCUGUUUCGUUUGAGUGUUUUAUGACAAUUUAAAAAGGGGCGUUAUUUACAGUGUGUGUCUUUGUUAUUACUGUAUGUGUGUGUGUGUGUUUACAUAUUCACCAUCAACUAUAGCCAUCACUAUCACAAAGUCUUUCUCUCCAACUGCGGUUCCUGUUACUGCUGCUCCUGUUUUGUGUUUUUCUUGCUCGAGUGUUUGCAGUGGUGCCAAUUUUGCCUGUGGACUCGUUUUGUCAUUACUUGACAAGUGACACCUGAGUUUGGAAUUAAACACUGUGAUAUUAUGGCAUUUAAUAAAUAAAAAAAAAAAGUUCAACUUUUAAAUCCAAACCAAUACUGGCGAUUGAACAACAAUUAAAAACACAACAGCAACUACAACUACAGCAAAAGCGAGAAAAAAAACAAAAGUUAAUUAUCAUUAGCAUAUUUCAUUACAACAAUAACAAAGUAGACAAGAGAGAAACGAAAGAGCAACUCAACCAAGCCACUGUAUUCGAAUAAUUCAAAACACUAACUGUGGCAUCAACCCAAUCAACAGCAUCUUAAAAAGCCACACAACGGUUACAAAGUGAACAGUUGCAUGACGAUAAAACGUACUAAAAAGAACAGGUGUUUAACGGAAAGUUUUGUUAAGAAUAUAAAUCAACAACCGCAACGGCACCAAAUUGUGCAGAACCAGACAAUAAAAGCAAUAAAUUCGUAUCUUUAUGUACGACGGUGUGUAUGACCAGACCCUCAUAUUCCUGAUUAACAAACAACACACAUUUACGCAGCAACGGCAAAUUAAAAGGCAGAAAAUAGCAACAUGUCAUUGUUAAAUAAAUUAAGUAAGAAAUUACGUUGGCUACGGUGGUCUACCGUGUUUGCCAUUGUGUUUUAUAUGUUUUUCAUUGGUCUGAUACUUCACUCGACCACAUAUAAAUUGCAACAUUCACUUAAAAAUCCCCCAAAUACACAACAGCAUCAGCCGCAGCAGCAGAAUUUCAUGCAACAUUAUUCCCUAGAAUGGAGUGAAAAAUGGCGAGCUCAGCAUGCAACAGGAAAUAAGGUUGUGCCAGCAUCAGAUAUAGACACUAAAAAGGCUUUGUCGUCAUCCUCUUCCUCCUCAUCUUCCACCUCUCACUCGGCAUCAUCGUUGUCAGCAUCAUUAUCAUUAACAGCAGCAGCUGCUGGUGCUGGUGCUUUGGCAGCACCAUCAAAAUCACUAAAGGUUGAUGGUGGUGGCAAUGUUGGCAAGCAAAAAAAGAAAAACUCUGUAUCAUCACCGGAAACUGUUAUUUUGGUUGCAAGUUCCGCCAGUGAGAAACAAAUUUUGGAAAAAGCUUUUAAACGAGCCGAUCGCAAUCAUGACAACUACUUGACCAUUAAAGAACUGGGACAAUAUAUAAAUAAAAACAUAGUGGACCAUAUAGAUGAAGCUAUACAACUUAAUCCCCGGGAAUUUCGUAGAGUCGAUAUAGCACCGGCCGAUGGCCUUAUAACCUGGGAAGAAUAUCAUCGUUUCUUUUUAAAAGAACACGGUAUGACUGAAGCCGAUAUUGAUGAACAUAAUGAAAUCAAACAUACCGCCCUAAAUCGUAAGGCCCGCGAGGAUAUGAUGCGUGACAAGGCCAGAUGGUCGGAGGCGGCUAGAACUGAUCUUUUUACUUUAACUAUAGAUGAGUAUCUAUCAUUUCGUCACCCCGAAUCGAGUAUUUCAAAUCUUUUGGAAUUGGUAGAUGAUUUACUAAGACAAUUCGAUCAGGAUGGUGAUGAUCAAUUAAGCAUAGAGGAAUUUUCGGAGGUAAAUGUGGCCGAUGAUGAUGAUUUGAUCAGAAAAUCUUUAAUCUCCAAAACGGUGGUAGAACGACGAGAGGAGUUCAAAAGAAUCAUUGAUAAGAAUCAAGAUGGCAAGGCCGAUAGAGGUGAACUAUUGAAUUAUGUUAAUCCCAAGACCCCCCGAUAUGCUUUGCAAGAGGCUGCCACUUUAUUUAGUUUAUGCGAUGAUAAUCGUGAUGGUAAAUUAACUUUAAAAGAGUUAAUUUCAAAUGCUGAAAUAUUUUUAACCUCUAAAAUGAUCGAUACUGCCCAAAGUUUUCAUACGGAAUUUUAAAUUCUCCUCUCUGCCUGUGAAUGGAUCCUCUUUUAGAAUAAAUAUUUUGUAAUACUCACACAUACUCAUACAUAUCUUUAAACUAACAAUUUCAAAGUAAUUUAAGUCAAUUUUUAUUAAAAUACUUAACUUAACAACUUAACUAAAUAAAAUUUCUCAACAUAAAAAUUUUUAUAAAAUUAUUUUGUAAAUUAAAAAUAUAAUUAAAUUAUCUUCUACAAUAAUUAAAUGUUUGUUUGUUUUUAUAAACAUUUUUGGUUAUCCAUGUCCUAGUUAUUCGUUAUUUGGCCAACAUAACCCCAACUCCUUCCACAAAGUUAACAAAUAUUUUUUUAUAUUAAAUUCUUUGCAAAUAUUCUAGUUGAGUAAUACAAUUUUUUCGGCUAUAAUGUAAAUAAUUUGUUAAAUUUUUUUUGUUAACCAUACUUUGGAAUUAAAAUAAUUGGUUUUUUAACAAAAGCCAGGACUUUUCUUAGCAAUAUCUCUAAAAGCAAAUAUAAAAUAAAUUGAAAAUAAAAAUAAUAAUAAAAGCGUAAAGGAAAUGUGAAAUUAUAUAGUGAUAUUAUAUUUAAGUUCUGAAAACCAUUUACACAUACAAAUACUCAACAAUAAACACACACACUCAUACAUAUAUACAUACACCAAUAAAAGCACCCAUUUUUUUAAUAGAAGAAAAAUUAUUAUUAAAUAAAUGUAUUAAAAAUUGUAUUUGUAUAAAAUGAUAAAUAAAAAUUAUAAAAUAUUUC